GUUCCGGGUACUGUCUUCUCGUCUAGGGGUGGUCGGUUGUAGCGCUGCUUGACUGUGAGGUGGAGGAAUUGCCAACAAGGAGGAGACUCCAGCGAGACCCAAAAGACUACGCAGCGGGAUAGGAGACCGAUAGGCUUGGAGUUAGGGGACAGCCAGGCAGAAUUUCUAAUAUGCCCCUGGGAACGUGACCGCUCCGAGACUGAGGCAGGACCUCAUCAGACCUAUCCAGUGAGCCUUGUCUUGACUGGGCCUUAUUUCCAGCAGCCAUCUAGGCCUCAUCAGAGCCCCAAUGUGUGGCUGCUAUACGUAAACGAGGAGAUGGCGUCCCCAAGCCCACCGCUGGAGCCAAAGGAGGAAUGGGACUAUUUGGAUCCAGCUCAGAGAAGCCUGUGUAAAGAUGUCAUGAUGGACAGCUAUGGAAACCUGGUCUCACUGGAUGUGUUAAACAGAAAUAAAGAUGAAGAGCCAACUGUGAAAGAAGAAGUUGAGGAAGACAUUGAACCACAGGGUGUAAUAGUUACAAGAAUCAAGAGUGAAAUUGAUCAGGGUCCUAUAGGCAGAGAAGCCUUUGAACUUGUUGGUAGGUUAGAUAAACAAAGAGGGAUCUUCUUGUGGGAAAUACCACGUGAAUCCUUGACCCAGGAACAGAAAAUGUUCAGAGGACACACUAAUGUUAGUAAGAGACCAAACUCAGAAGAGAAGUGCCACAAAUGUGAAGAAUGUGGCAAGAGUUUUGCCCGCAAGGCCCAUUUCAUUCAGCAUCAAAGGGUCCACACCGGGGAGAAGCCUUUUCAGUGCAGUGAAUGCGGGAAGAGCUUCAGUCGCAGUUCAUUUGUCACUGAACAUCAGAGAAUUCACACUGGGGAACGGCCCUAUGAGUGUAACUACUGUGGGAAAACCUUCAGCGUGAGCUCUACCCUGAUUAGGCAUCAAAGAAUCCACACUGGAGAAAGGCCUUACCAAUGUAAUCAGUGCAAGCAGAGCUUCAGCCAGAGAAGGAGCCUUGUUAAACAUCAAAGAAUUCACACGGGUGAGAAACCUCAUAAAUGCAGUGACUGUGGCAAAGCCUUCAGCUGGAAAUCACACCUUGCUGAGCACCAGAGAACACACACGGGUGAGAAGCCCUAUCACUGUACCAGAUGCAAGAAGAGCUUUAGUCGAAACUCAUUGCUUGUUGAACACCAGAGAAUCCAUACCGGAGAAAGACCUCAUAAAUGCGGUGAAUGUGGGAAAGCCUUUAGAUUAAGUACAUACCUCAUACAACACCAAAAAAUACACACUGGCGAGAAGCCUUUUCUUUGUAUUGAAUGUGGGAAGAGCUUCAGUCGGAGCUCGUUCCUGAUCGAACACCAGCGGAUCCACACUGGGGAGCGUCCUUAUCAGUGCAAAGAGUGUGGGAAAAGUUUCAGUCAGCUUUGCAACCUUACUCGCCAUCAGAGAAUUCACACCGGGGACAAACCCCACAAAUGUGGGGAAUGUGGAAAAGCCUUCAGUAGAAGCUCAGGUCUUAGUCAGCAUCAGAGAAUACAUAUCAGGGAAAAGACUUCUCCAUACAGUGAAACCAAGGAAAGUUUUGACCCAAAUUGCAGCCUUGUUAUACAGCAGGAAGUCUGCCCUAAGGAGAAGUCUUACCAAUGUGACGAGUGUGGGAAAACUUUUAGUGUCAGUGCUCAUCUUGUACAACACCAGAGGAUCCACACCGGUGAAAAGCCCUACCUGUGUACCGUCUGUGGGAAGAGCUUCAGUCGGAGCUCGUUCCUGAUCGAACACCAGCGGAUCCACACUGGGGAGAGACCUUAUCUGUGUAGACAAUGUGGCAAAAGCUUUAGUCAACUUUGUAAUCUUAUUCGACAUCAGGGUGUUCACACCGGGAACAAACCCCAUAAAUGUGAAGAGUGUGGAAAAGCCUUUAGCAGGAACUCGGGCCUUGUUCAGCACCAGAGAAUACAUACAGGAGAGAAACCGUAUAGGUGUGAACAAUGUGACAAAAGCUUUAGUCAACAGCGCAGCCUUGUCAACCACCAGAAGAUGCAUAGAGAGAUGAAAACCCAAGACGUUUAUGAGUGUGAUGCUUGUGGCGAAGCCUUUAAUUGUCAGGUUUCUCUAAUUCAACAUCAAAAGUUGCAUAUUAUGUGGAUGCAGUAGAGUUAGAGACAUUUUAAUGCUCAAAUUUGAGACCAGCUACCUAAGUGCAGUUUGAGUAUGGCCUAAUGUGAGUCAAAUUUAGUCAUAAAGUGAAUUCUCCUUGGUCUCAUGCAUCUAGUUUCUAAAGAUCCUAUGAAUGGUGGGUGGUGUCUGUGGGAAACUGACUUGUGAUUACUCCUUGCUUUCGUAGCCACAGAGGUUUGUUCAUUCAUCUAAGCUCCUAACCUUUCAGUAGAGUUGACUGGGCAAAGCAUAUGAGAAACAUUCUGAAGGACAAAGUGAAAUUAGCGUAAGGGAACUAGGAGCAGCUGAUACUGAAAAGCAAGGUAGGAGUAAUUUAAAAAGUCUUUUGUUGCCAUCUCCUGUAUUUGCUGGUCAGCUCCCUGAGAUUUGGCUGUACAUGUCAAACCCCAAUGACUAAGAAAAUGUGAUUUUUGAAAGCCCAGAUAUUUUCAAAGUCACGG